CCCCCGCCCGCUCUUCCUUUCCGCGCUCCCCUCCCCCACCCAUGCGGCCCUGCCCCCGCCGCCCGCCUGGUGACACAUCCCGGGGCCUCCCGGGCCCGCGGCCGCCGCAGUCAUGGCAGCGGACGGCGUGGACGAGCGCUCGCCCUUGCUGGCCGCCCCGCGCCCGGGCACCGUCACCCCCAGCGCCCCGCCGUACCUGCAGGAGGGCAGCCCCCGAGCGGAACUCCCACCUCCCUACACAGCCAUCGCCAGUCCAGAUGCCAGUGGUAUUCCAGUAAUAAACUGCCGGGUGUGCCAGUCUCUCAUCAAUUUGGAUGGCAAGCUUCACCAGCACGUGGUGAAGUGCACAGUCUGCAAUGAAGCUACACCAAUAAAAAACCCUCCAACAGGAAAGAAAUAUGUUAGAUGCCCUUGUAAUUGCCUCCUCAUUUGUAAGGACACAUCCCGGCGAAUAGGAUGUCCGAGACCCAACUGUAGACGCAUAAUUAACCUGGGCCCAGUGAUGCUUAUUUCUGAAGAACAGCCAGCUCAACCUGCAUUGCCAAUCCAACCGGAAGGAACCAGGGUCGUUUGUGGGCACUGUGGAAACACAUUCCUGUGGAUGGAACUGAGGUUCAACACUCUGGCAAAAUGCCCACACUGCAAAAAAAUUUCAUCUGUGGGCAGUGCACUUCCCCGGAGACGCUGCUGCGCGUAUAUCACCAUUGGAAUGAUUUGCAUUUUCAUUGGCGUUGGAUUAACAGUGGGCACCCAAGAUUUUGCAAGACGAUUUCAUGCAACCUAUGUUUCUUGGGCCAUUGCUUAUCUCUUAGGUUUGAUUUGCCUUAUCCGAGCUUGUUACUGGGGAGCCAUAAGAGUGAGUUAUCCAGAACACACUUUUGCAUGAGCCUGUUUACGAGUCAGCGAUGCAGGUGAUAAUAUCCAGCAGUUCUUGAUAAGCUUCUCUGGACAUCUUAAAAUCACUCAUGCUAAUGGAUUCCAUUCGAGUCUAUGUAUAAAAGUUUAAGAGCUGGGGAGUCCUAUGAACUAAUGCUCAUUGCACUACAUUAUAUGCAAACGGUUUGUUUCGCUGCUAGGUUUUCAAGUUCCAAAUAAUAAAGCCAGUAUCAUUACAUUCUUUUGUAUAUCUUAAUGACAUUUUUUGGGUUUUUUAACCAAACAUUACCUGUAACAUUGGCCUUUCAUUAUUCAUAAAUCAGUUAUUCCAUUACUUGUUAGCUUGUGAGUAUUCUCAGAAAGUGUUUAUAACUGUUUCUAAAAUAGCUUCACAUUUAUACUUACAUUUUAAACAUGAUCAGAAUUGCUUGCUUUAAAAUCUAAGCAAUAUACCAUUUGCUUGAACUGCUUACUGUCAUUUUAACCUAAGAUCAUAGUGACCUUAUUCAGGAAAAAAGGUUUGUGUGUACCUUCAAAGACUUGACAUUCUUGUUAGAUAAAAAACCAUUUUUAGACACUGUAUGCCUGUUUUUUGUUGUUUGUAGAAAGAUACAAUAUUUUGGUAGUAAUUUAAAAUACAGGAAUGAAAGUAUUUAUUGUCCACAGUUGGAAAUAAUGUUGGAUAAAUGUUUUUGUUUUCUCAAAGAUCACAGGACCUUUGUCUUUAAUUUUUUUCUUUUUUAAUUUGUCAGUGAUAAAUGUUUCUGUCUAGAUAAUAUAAAUUUAAUGUUUAUCAGCUGUGUGUAUUCCUUUGGAGAGUCUGGAGGAACGAUUUCACAUGCUUUAUAAUACUUAACCGUUUAAACAAAGAUAUUUACAUUGGGUUGUCCUCUUUUUCAUUAGAUCAAGGUAAAUUUUUCUUAUUAGUAUAACUAUGGACUACUUAUAUGUAAAGGAAGACAUUUUACAGUAGCUAAAAUGUUGAAUUAGAGAUAGUUACUCUUACCACUCUUCUCAAAUAUAGUUGGUCAGAUAAUUACCCAAUUACCUGAUCAAGAAAAUAAAUCAGUAACAAAAAUCAACAUAGUUUUCUAAGGUUUCACUUGGAUUUAAGGAGUCAGCUCUUGCACUGCCCAUCUUUGCCGUUUUGAAAAAGAUAUUGCUAACUUGAGAAGAAAUAUCCUAAAGCCUUUAAUGUAUUAGAAUUAGGUGAGAUGAUCUGAAUCAAUUGUUAUUUCAGGGAUAAGAAUAAUAUUUGAAAUGAUUAUGUACCUAAUUUGUAUGAAAUGUACUCAUCAGAGAGUUUGGAGCAAAAUAUAUGUAGACUUCAAAAAGUAAAUGAUAAAUGUAUAAAUGCAGUAGCUCAGGACUAUAUGUACCUUUGAAAGUAAACUAAUAAAGAUUAUUGUUCAAAAUUA